AUGUGCACUGAAUGUGACAAAGGCUUCUCCAAGAAAUCACAGCUGAUUAGUCACCAGAAAACUCAUACAGGUGAGAAGCCGUACGUAUGUAAUGAGUGUGGAAAAGGCUUCAUCAAGAGGUCUCAGCUCAUCGACCACCAGAGUGUUCAUACAGGAGAGAAACCUUAUGGAUGCAGCAUAUGUGAGAAAGCCUUCGCCACAAAGUUCAGACUCAUUCGACAUCAGAGGACUCACACAGGAGAGAAACCCUACAAAUGUGCAGUAUGUGACAAAGCCUUCCGCUUUAACUCAAAUCUCCAUUCCCAUCAGAAGAAUCAUACUGGAGAGAAACCAUACAUAUGCAGUGAUUGUGGGAGGGGCUUCAUCCAUAAGGCCAGCCUCAUUGUACAUCAGCGAAUUCAUACUGGAGAGAAGCCAUAUAUAUGCAAUGAGUGUGGAAAAGCCUUCAAUCAGAAGGGCAACCUUCUUAUACACCAGCGAAGUCAUACUGGAGAGAAACCCCAUGUGUGCAAUGAUUGUGGGAAACGCUUCAGCCAGAAGACAUGCCUCGUAGCUCAUCAGAGAUUUCACACGGGGAAGAAUCCCUUUGUUUGCACUGAGUGUGGGAAACCCUGUUCAUACAAGGCAGUUCUCAUCAGCCAUCAGAGAAUCCACACAGGUGAAAAGCCCUACUUAUGCAGUGACUGUGGGAAAGCUUUUAAAGAUAAUUCAUACUUCAAUAGCCAUCGGAAAACUCACACUGGAGAGAGACCUUAUGGAUGCACUGACUGUGGGAGAGCUUUCUCCUCCUCGUCAAGCUUUGUUCAUCACAAACGGAUGCUGCACGCAAGAGAGAAACAUGGUUCAGUCAAGGUGGAGAAUUCUUUCUCAAAGACUCAUACUUCCUCAUGUACACGUGAUCUCACUCAGGCGAGAAACCCU